CCAAAGUUUCGAAUGUCUCCCUAGCUGUAGCAACAAUACUGGUUUCUAUCAAGGGAAGGUACUUGUAAAACCAUGUCUGGGGUUGGGGGAUGGAAGGAAGGCAGCAGGUACAGGACAGCUACUACCUCCUAUAGUCCAUCUUCCUCUCAAGGUAACCCCUGGCAUGGCAACAGUGAAAUGGGGAAAGGUGAAAAUGCCCAGAAGCUAACAGUAUCUGAAGAGAAACGAAGAGGCAAAGCAUCAGCCCACCCACCGCAGCAACAUCAUGUUGGCCCAUGUGUCGUGGUAACUCCAAGUGAAACCAGAAGAAAACAGUUGCAACAAAUUGCUAAGAAAGAGCUUGAUGACCUGGAGCAAUGGAAGAAAGAACACAGGCCAGGGCCAAUUAUGUUGGUGCCGCAGAGACUGGGUGGAAACAAAUCAGAGGCUCAAGUAAGACAAAACCAGCAAAUGAUUCUCAUGCAAUCUAAAUACCAGAAAAAGUGCAAGAGAGAAGAGUAUGUAAAAGCAAAAAAGGCAGUUGAAGAAGCUGAAAUCCUGAAAAAGAAAGCAAUUCAGAGGGAAAAGGCAGAAAGACUUGAAGUUAAAAAAAGACAAGAAGAAAUGCAAAGAAGAGAGAUGCUUCUUGAAGAUCAAAAGUACAAAACCAAUGAAUUACUGAACAGAUUGGACGUGGGUUUGCCAAAGAGUGAUUCCUGUCAGAUUGCUAAUCCUGGCCCAGAAUCUACAGCAUGGAAAAGAAGCCAUGCUUACAAGCAAGCUCUUGGAGAGGAAGAAAACAGAAGAUUAGAGGAAAUGAAGCAAGAACAACGGAGGAAGGCUGAAUUAAUGGAAUUUAAACAAAAGCAGGAAGAUGAAACAAGGACAAGAGCACUUAAAAAGGAACAGAGGAGGGUAAAUAAUGCUUUCCUGGACCGACUCCAAAACAAAACACAGUCUAAUAAUAUCUACCACCCUGGAAAUACUGGACUACCUCAAUAAUGGCAUCUUGGAGUCAAACUACUUGGAAUAAAAGAGAAGCAAGAAAUAUUCACUUUUAUCUGGCCUAGGCCAAAUGACUUCAUAAAAGCUCCAAGAAACUGCUCUUUAUUGUGAUUCUUUUCUUACUCUGACUUCAGCUGCACACUCUCUUCAUGAGCAAUCUGCGAAGACUGGUUUUCAGAUGUCAUUAUUCAUGCAUACAUAUUUGAAGCAGCUGAUUAUGAAAGUCCUAUUUAAUUUUUUAUAAGAAUAUGUGAAUUUUUUUUCAUAAAUUGUUUUGCCUCUUGGAAAAUGUAAUUAUCCCGGUCUUCCUGAUCUCUAGAAAAGAAGAUAUAAGUGACUGCAGAAACUGUAGUAAUAUAUGUGUUCACUUGCUACUAUAUAUGCAGAAAAAAACAUUUCAGAGACAAUCUAAAAAAGCAGGUAGAGAGUUUUCUUUUGGGAAGGGAAGAAGAAAUGUUGCUGGGGUUUUGUUUGUUUUCUGUUUGUUUUUGUGGAAAAAAAAUUUUGUGAAAUUAUUUUACUGUUGUACUCAAUGGCAGACACUCAAGAAGAAAAAUAUACAUUGUAGACAGUAUCUUUUAAAUAAGUUCUUAGAAAAAUGCAACACAUGAA